AACAGCUCUAUCGCGUCCUUCCUCUUCCCCAUCUUCGCCUCCUACAAAGCCCUCAAGACGUCGGAUCCUGCGCAGUUGAUGCCAUGGCUCAUGUACUGGGUCGUGUUUAGCUGCUGUCUGCUUGUAGAGUCGUGGGUCUACUUCAUCCUUGCGUGGGUCCCGUUCUACGGCUACAUUCGCCUUUUAUUCUUUUUAUACCUUAUUCUACCGCAAACCCAGGGCGCUCGAGUGCUCUACGAGACGUACAUCCAUCCCUUCCUCCGCGAAAACGAAUCGCAGAUCGACGAGUUUAUCGCCAGCGCCCAUGAGCGUCUCAAGGCGGCCGGCAUCGACUACUUCCGAAAGGCCAUUGACUACCUGAGAGUAAAUGUCCUCGGUCUACCCCCAAGCGAACCCGAGCCUCCCGCUCCUCCCGCCUACCAGAGCUAUACGCAAUCGCUCCUCGCUCGGUUUAACAUCCCCGCAGCAGCGAGGCCUUCUGCUCCUAGCAAUGUAGGCUCCGAUCUCUUCGGCCUCUUGGCCGGUGCCGUGGCGGCGGCAACCGGCUCAGGGGCGCGAAACGAAGCUGGCGCGGCAUCGGUAGUUCCAUCCCAUAUCCAAGACUCAAAUGAGAGGAUGACCUUCAUCGCCUCCCAGCGAGACCGACUCAACGUCCUCCUCACAGCUCUUGAUCGAGAAGCAGCGCAGCUUCAGCGAGACGGACAGACGCAGUCUCGAUCCCGCUCUAGGCACAUGGAUAGCGACGAGGAUGUCACCCAGAGGCCGCCUAGUGGGCUCAGCGGAUGGAGCGGACUGAGCAAGAGCCGCAGCGAGACGGAUUUUGAGAAGAUUGACGCCGAGAGUGGAGCCGAAGAUGAGUCCAACCUCCGGCGCCGUCAUGCCGCAGGUGACGACGCAGGCGGCUCGUGGAUGCCUUGGGGUCGCAGUGGAGGCACAAGCCACAGCUCUGGA